AGACAGAGGCAAGUGGCGUAAAGAAACUUGCCCAUAGUUUCACCCUGCCUGGGAUCGUACCCGUGUCCGUCACUUGCAAGGCGAGCAUGCUGACCAUUACACCACAGGUCGCACACACGUAUGCAUUAAAGAUACAUUUUUUCGUGCUAAUUUAAAAUGUGAAACUCGUCUUUUACGGCGGCAGCACCCCCAGGGGCAGGGGCGGCAGCACCCCGAAGGGCCCUCUCACGGGUGAUGGCACCCCCAGGGGCAGCGGCUCUCCCAGGGGCGGCAGCACCCCGAAGGGCCCUCUCACGGGUGAUGGCACCCCCAGGGGCAGCGGCUCUCCCAGGGGCGGCAGCACCCCCAAGGGCCCUCUCACGGGUGAUGGCACCCGCAGGGGCACAACCAGGGGCGGCAGCACCCCCAAGGGCCCUCUCACGGGUGAUGGCACCCCCAGGGGCAGCAGCACUCCCAGGGGCGGCAGCACCCCCAAGGGUCCUCUCACGGGUGAUGCCACCCCCAGGGGCAGCAGCUCUCCCAGGGAUGGCGGCACCCCCAAGGGCCCUCUCAUGGGUGAUGGCACCCCUAGGGGCGAUGGUACUCCCAAGGGCCCUCUCAGGGGUGGUGGGACCCCUAAGGACUCUCCCAGGCAUGGCGGUGCCUGCCUGGGGUUCUCCCAGGGGUAGAGGGGCCCCCCAGGCAACCUUCACAAGGGCGGCGGUGCCCCCAGGAGCAGCGGCGCCCCUAGUGGCUUGAUCAUGGUGUCGUACAUAUUGCAUACGUCCAGCAGUCCCUGACUUAACAGUGAUUGGUGGACUAAAAUAUAAAUCCACCAAAUUACAGCCAAUAGGAGAACACAGCAGUCAGUCAGCACAACACCCCAACUUAUGUUUUCCUGUUGGAUAUUUCUUCUCCUUUUCAUUGUUCAGGAUGCGAUGAUAGUUCUAAAUAGUGCAAAAAAACUGACCCCAGGGGACCUCCUUAAGGGCAGCGUCAGCGCCCCCAAGGGCCCCCCAGUGGCGAUGGCACACCUAGGGACUCUCCCAGGGGUCCUUCCUAAAGCGGCGGCACCCCCAGGGGUGCUUCCUAAGGCGGCGGCACCCGCAGGGGUCCUUCCUAAGGCGGCGGCACCCCCAGGGGCCUUCCCAGGGGCGACGGCGCACCUAGGGGCCCUGCCAGGGGUGGUGGCUCACCUAGGGGCCCUCGCAAGGGCGGCAACCCUCAGGACCCUCCAGCUGCUCUAACAACAGCGGUGGAGCCCCCUGGGGCCUUAUCAAGGGCUGUGGAACCCCCAAGGCCCCUUCCAAAUGACCGCGACCACCACCAGGUGACUGAGGCUACAUCACCACCACAUACUACAGUAGCACCAGCUCUGUAGACCACAUACUACAGUAGCUCAGUUAUUUGUUAAAAAAUAAGUUUUUCUAUAUAUUAAAAUUUCAGUGAAUAAACUUUAGAUUAAUCACCCUAAUACAAUCUGACCCCAGACAUCUUCUGGCUUCUUGUGUUACACUCCUAGUCCUAUUACAUUAUGUACUAUAUAAUAAUCUUGUACCUGUAGUUCAUACCCUAAUGUGUACUUUAUUGUAUUACAAAUAUUGUUUCUCUUGUUUUCUGGUGUAAUGUAUUAAUAAAGCCUCCAAGUACUCAACUAUAAUAUACAUAAUGUAUUAAUAAAGCCACCAAGUGCUCAACUUUAGUAUCCAUAAUGUAUUUUUACUGAACAUGUGAUGAAUUCCCAAUAAAGAUGAAUGAAUCAGU